CCCACGCUCUGUCAGUCGGACAUCAUGGCGUAGCGAUGUGGAGGAGCGGACGGGACCUGGACAAGAUCGGGAAAUAUCUACGUUGGGCUUUGAAAUACUGCAGUUUACAUCCCUGAAAGAAAUCCCAGUUUCUGAUUGAGAAAAGUUUGACUUGAACGUACCCAAAGAUGAUGUCCGAUGCCAGUGACAUGUUGGCGGCUGCCCUUGAGCAGAUGGAUGGGAUUAUAGCAGGCUCAAAGGCUCUGGACUACUCCAAUGGGAUCUUUGACUGCCAGUCUCCCACCUCCCCGUUCAUGGGCAGCCUGCGCGCCCUGCAUCUCCUGGAGGACCUGAGGAACGUCCUGGAGCUGAUGGAGGCCGAUGAGAGGGAGAGUUUGAGAUGCCAGAUCCCAGAUUCCACAGCCGAUAGUCUGGUGGAGUGGCUGCAGGGACACAUGUCUAAUGGGCACAUAUCUCUAAGCGGAGGAGACCACUACCAAGAAAGACUCACCAGACUGGAGAGUGACAAGGAGUCUCUAGUACUUCAGGUCAGUGUGCUGACAGACCAAGUGGAAGCUCAAGGGGAGAAAAUACGAGACUUGGAUAUUUGUUUAGAUGAACACCGGGAGAAACUCAACGCCACAGAGGAACUGCUGCAACAGGAGCUUUUGUGCAGAACAGCUCUGGAAACUCAGAAGUUGGAGCUGAUCUCUGAAGUGUCAAACCUCAAACUCAAGUUAAACUCUAUAGAGAAGGACAGACUGGACUUCGACGAGCGAUUCAGGGACAGUGAGGAUUUGAUUCUAGAGAUCAAUGAACUGCGGUACAGAAUUACAGACCUGGAGAGUGAAAAGCUACAGUAUGAGAAGAAACUUAAGUCGACUAAGGAGGAGUUGUCUGUUCUGAGGAGGCAGCUGGAGGGUAAAGACAUGGACAUGAGGAGGCUACAGGACGAGACAGGCUUCCAAACUGUCGGCCCAGGCUCCAGAGAUCACACAGAAAAGGUUUUUCACCCAGAAGAAACUCUUAAAAAGAGGCUGAAGGAAAAACAUGUGGAAGUGCAGAGGAUGAAAAAAGCAGUUGAAUCACUGAUGGCAGCUAAUGAAGAGAAGGAUCGUAAGAUUGAAGAACUGAAGCAGUCUUUGCAGCGGUAUAAAAAAGUGCAGGACAUGGUGAUGUCGGUACAGGGGAAGAAAGACAAAACCAAAGAUAACGAGGGUCUUGAUGGUCCUGUCGGUACAUUCUCCUCCCAGCCUCUGUGUGUGGAGUCAGAACAAGAGGCUGAAGAACUCAAGAGCAGCCCAGAGGAGGAAAAUCUCAGUAGAAUUCGUGUGGAGUCUUCACCGUCGCCCAGUCCCUCAGAUAAUGAACAAGCGUCAGAGUCCACACCAACAGAUGGAGAGAGAGAGAGCAUCCAAGAAGCAGCUAAAUCCAGCAGUCAGGAGCAGCUGGAUAAGAUCAAUAAUGAAAAGAACACAAGUGUGGAGAUCAGUAAACUCGCUGAAAAACCGCCCUUAGGACCCUCAGCCACCCUGCCUGCCUCCAUUGAAGACGACAGCUUCGGAUCCAGAAAGGCUCGCUCCUCUUUUGGAAAAGGCUUCUUUAAAAUCCGAGGAGGCAAAAAGACUUCGAGCACCCCUAACCUCGACCGCAGCCGGAGUGCCAGUGCGCCUCAGCUAGCUGAAACGGAGCGGCCCACCACAGACCACCUGGACCUGGCUGGGGUCCCACAGAGGUCCACAAACAGCGACAGCACCCACACUCUGCCCACGACACCCGAGAGCCGCAAGAAAUCUAAAGGCAUCACUAAACUGUUUGGAAAGCUAAAGAGAAGUCGGUCAACCACAUUCAACCUGGAUGAUAACCUACCUGAGGGCGAGUUCAAAAGGGGUGGAGUGCGGGCUACAGCGGGACCGAGGUUGGGCUGGUCACGUGAUCUGCAACGAAGCAACAACAGUGAUGUGGAUGCCCCGUUUGCUCGCUGGUCCAGGGAUCAGGUUUGUGAGUGGCUUCAAGAGCAGGGCUUGGGACUUUACGUGAACAUGGGCCGAGUCUGGAUCUCCUCUGGACAGACUCUGCUCCAGGCCUCACAGCAGGACCUCGAGAGGGAGCUGGGUAUUAAACAUCCACUGCACAGGAAGAAGCUGCAGCUUGCUCUUCAGUCUCUGGGCUCUGAAGAGGAGGACAAUAAGGGAAAACUGGACUACAACUGGGUCACUCGGUGGCUGGAUGACAUUGGGCUGCCUCAGUACAAGACCCAGUUUGACGAAGCGCGAGUGGAUGGUCGUAUGCUGCACUACAUGACAGUGGACGACCUGCUUUCACUCAAAGUUGGGAGCGUUCUCCAUCACCUCAGUAUCAAAAGGGCGAUUCAGGUUCUGCGUCUCAACAACUACGAACCCAACUGUUUACGCCGAAGGCCAUCUGAUGAGAACAAUGUGACUCCUGCAGAAAUUUCCCAGUGGACAAACCACAGAGUGAUGGAGUGGCUGAGGUCUGUGGAUCUGGCAGAAUACGCUCCAAACCUGAGAGGGAGCGGUGUGCACGGAGGCCUGAUGGUAUUGGAGCCUCGAUUCAAUGUAGAGACCAUGGCGCUGCUUUUGAACAUCCCUCCGAAUAAGACUCUAUUGCGCCGCCACCUGGCCACUCACUUCACGCUGCUCAUCGGGUCAGAGGCUCAGCAGCUCAAACAGGAGUGUCUAGAAAAUCCAGACUACACUUUACUCACAGCCACCACUAAAGUCAAGCCAAGGAAGCUGUCAUUCGGUAACUUUGGCAGCCUGAGAAAGAAGAAGCAUGAGGAGAACGAAGAGUACGUGUGUCCGAUGGACGUGGAGAUGCCAAAAGGGCGGAGCUUUCAGAAAGGAUUUGAACUGCAGAUCUACGAGGAUGAUUUGGACCGACUAGAACAGAUGGAUGACUCAGAAGGUACUGUGAGACAGAUAGGUGCUUUCUCAGAAGGAAUCCAAAAUCUCACUAGCAUGUUAAAAGAUGAUGAAUUCUUCAAAGAGAUUUCAAAUUCUCCCAACCCGAGUGUAACGGACGAAGAGUCAAAUGCAUGAAGCCUUCACAAGACCAACUCCUGCUGUGAAUGCAAACCAGUGCCAAGGCAACCACCUGAAAAUAUUCCACAUCCUUUCUUAGUAUUACAGUCAAAUGAGCCAAAAGUAUUAUGUUUUUAUAUCUGUUUUAUCAUUGUUUUAAGACUGAGGGGACGCAUUAUGGGGCAACACCACUGCUUGCCUACCAGCUGGUUUCUGGAGUUACUUUAGCUUUUUUUAUGUUAAGAGUGCAGUUAUAUCAAACCAGCAAUACACAAAUACUACGCUCCCACAGAGUUAAUAUAUGUGUCAAAAUACACGUGACUGUAAAAUAUAAAAAUGACUUUAUUAUCAUCUAUGUGUGUUGCCAAACAAUUGUAUUAAAAUGAAUAAGGUCUUAACAUUUCAUAUUUACUGAAUUCAUAGACAUUUAGAAAACAAUACAUCUUUUGCACCAGUCUCUGUAACUCAAUACAAAGAUUUAUUUAUAUGACUGUAUGUAAUAAACACUAUGUACCAAUAAGGGCUUAUCACUGUUUUACACAUUGGACAUGUUUGAAGUCUUUAUGGAAGUGUAGCAGUGAUUUUCAAGUUUGUGACCCAAUGUCAUAAGUAAUACUGUAAUGUGCAUAUCAGAAAUAAAAGUUUUCUAUGAUC